UAAUUAAUUUGUUUAUCAUUGUUUCUAAUCCUUCCAGCAUCAUUCUUUUUUCUUCUUAUGUUUGACAGCACUUAAGUAUCAUUGUUAAUAUGUCAGCCACCGAGGCACAGUUGGUCAACGGUCAACUCAAGGUAUGUCUCUUCACGAUGCUUCUUUUCUCUUUAUAGUUUAUAAAUCUCCUCCUCCACACUUGCUUUCUCUUCAUUCCAAUUUCCAACCAUGGCAAGCCGUUUUGUGGUUCUCGCCCUUCUCAUCUCCUGCCACGCCCUGGCUUCCACCAACGCCGAAGAAACAGGCUUCGUGGGCCCACUGGACCGCAAAACAUUGGGCCUAAAAAGGAAAGAAAAGUUGAGCCAUUUCCGCUUCUACUUCCACGAAAGCUUCACCCCAAACAACGCCACCACCGUCACGGUGGUGCAGCCCCUCCCCAAGUACAACGCCACCACCUCCUUCGGGUCGGUCGGGGUCACCGACAACGCCUUGACCGUAGGACCCGAGCGCACCUCCAAGGUGGUGGGAAGAGUGGAAGGCGUUGUGGCCGCCACCUCACAAUCGGAGUUCAAUCUGUUGGUGGUUCUGAACUUUGUCUUAACCGAAGGGAGGUACAAUGGAAGCAGCAUCGUGGUGUUGGGGAGGAACCGUCUCUCCCUCAAGGUUAGGGAGUUGCCGGUGAUCGGAGGUACUGGGGUGUUUAGAUUUGCCACUGGGUAUGCUGAAACUAACACCAUCUUUCUUGAUCCCAAGACCAGGUCUACCGUUGAGUACAACGUUUAUGUUUCUCAUUACUGAUGACGUCUACGUGUUGAAACUUGAAUGCGUGCGUUUAAGGAUUCGUUUCACCUUGUGCUUUGAAUUUGUGUGUUCCUCCUAUGAUUGAAUGUGGGAGGAGGUUUACCGGAUUUUACAUUUUUUCAGUGUGAGAUUGUAAUGAUUUCUAUACCGGAAACUGGAUAUUUAAAAUGAGAUAUUUGGAUUUUUCAGAACUUUACACCACGUACGGAUAUGAUAAUAUAAUAUCUGAAAAAUGUACGUAUCAAGAAAAGUUGAAUUUUGGGUUGAAACGUUGUUAGUGGAACUCCACUUAAAUUUCUUAAAUUA